AUGCUGCGGGUGGCCCUGGCGCGGCGACGCGUCGCGACAAAGGUCGUGGUCAGCGGCGGCGGCCCGGCGGGCCUCGUGACCGCGCUCGCGCUCGGCCGCGCCGGCACGCCGUGCGCGCUCGUCGAGCCGCGGACGGCGCCGUCGGCCCACCCGCGCGCGCACGUGCUGACGGCGCGCACGCUGGAGAUCUGCGAGGACCUGGGCCUCGGCGACGCCCUGCGGCAGAUCGCGCCGCCGCUCGAGCGCUGGCGGCGGUUCCGCUACUGCGACCGCGUCGACGGCGCCGACUACGCCGUCGCCGACCACGGCGCCGCGCCGGCCUGGGCGAACCUCGAGGCGGCGAGCGACCAGCGCGUGCAGCACAUCUCGCAGCCCGUGUUCGAGGCGCUGCUGCGCCGGGCCGUGGCCGACGCGGACGUCGAGACGCGCUACGGCCGGCGCGUCGUCGACGUCGGCCUCGGUGGUGACGGCGUGGCCUGCGUCCUCGACGACGGCGCGACCCUCGGCGCGGAGUACCUCGUGGCAGCGGACGGCCCGCGCGGCGCCGCGGCGGGGGUCGUGCUCAAUGCCGCCACGGAUGCCGCGGACCGCGUGCCGGGCGUCGCGCACCACCUCGACGCGCCGGCCCUCCAGCACUUCGUGAGCGUCGCGUUCCGGUCGCGGGACCUCGCGGCGCGGCUCCGCGCGCGGCCGGCGAUGCUCUACUUCGUCUUCAACCAGGAGACGACGUCGGUCGUCGUCGCCCACAAUCUAGACGAGGGCCUCUUCAACCUCCAGUUCCCCGUGUUCCCGCCCGCGGAGCGGCCCGGCGACGCCGCGGCGCCCCGGAAUGUGCGGCGCGAGGUGCGCGCGCUGACGGCGACGCCCCUCGCCGAUUUGAAGAUCGAGAGCGCGCGGCCCUGGCUCAUGCGCGCGCGCCUGGCGGACCGCUUCGCCCUCGACAGCCACAAGGCGUUCCUCGUCGGCGACGCGGCGCACGAGAUGCCGCCGAGCGGCGGCUUCGGCAUGAACACGGCCGUGGGCGACGCGCACAACCUGGCCUGGAAGCUCGCCCGGGCGAGCGCCGGCGCCGCGAACGGUCGGGACCUGCUCGCGUCCUACGAGCGCGAGCGGCGGCCAGCCGCGGCGGCGAACGUCGCGCUGUCGGUCGAUAAUUGGAGGCGCGGUCUCCUGAUACCGGAGGCGCUCGGCCUGCCGCCGCGGGCGUUGGACCUGGCCAAGGUCGCGGCGCCGACGAGCGCCGCGUUCAAGACGACGACGGCCGCCGCGCGCGCCGCGGUCCUCGCGCGCGCCGCGGCGCCGCACGGCGGCGUGACGGAGGUCGUCGCCGGGCGGCGCGAGCUGCCGCUGUUCUUCCCGCACCACGACCUCGGCCUCCGCUACGACGGCGCGUCCGCGCGCGCCGCGGCGGCCGACGCCGUGGAGCACGCGCGGCCGGGCUCGCGCGCCUACGAGCCGCGCCUCGCCGCGGGCGAGCGCCUGCCGGCGGCCUACGCGCUCGGGUCGCUCGACGCCGGGCGGUACGCGCUCGCCGUGAUCGGCGCGGCCGACGACCUCGCGGCGGCGGCGGCUGAAGCGGCCGCGGACGACCGGCUCGCGGGCGUCCUCGACGUGCGGCCGGCGGGCGGCGCCGGCGGCCCGGCGCUCGCGCUCGUGCGGCCCGACCGCUACGUCGCCGCAGUCUGGACCGGCGCCGCGGACGCGGACGCGCUGCGGCGGGACCUCCUGCGCUUGACGUUUUGUGUGUAA